GACGCAGACAGCUGCCUUUAUUAUGCUGGGACACUGAGGGCACUGCAACUGAAAUAUGGCUUGGACUAAACCACGCAUCAUUACUCUUACCAAGCGUGAGGGACAAAGCUAUGGCUUCUACCUCAGAGUUGAGCAAGGAGAGGAGGGUCACCUGAUUCGAUCCCUGGAGAUGGGCGGUGCUGCCGAACUUGCCGGGUUGAAAGAUGGAGACCGCAUAAUCAGAGUCAACGGCACAUUUGUGGACAAUGUUGAGCACAGCCAGGUUGCAGAAAUGGUGAAAAAAAGUGGAAUGACUGUCACGUUUCAUGUUAUUGGAGAAGAGGCAUACAAGCAGGCCAAAGCUAACGGAGUGAACCUUGCCGAACCUCAGUCCUCCACUGCUCAGAAUCAGCCCACUAUGAAUGGAGUGUCAACACCAGGUCCUAAAGCCAAACUCUGUUACCUGCAAAAAUCCAGCAGUGGUUUUGGUUUCUCCCUACGAUCUGUCAAAGGCAAUCCUGGCACAUUCAUGACAGAUGUGAUCUCUGGAGGAGUGGCCGAUCAGGCUGGCGUGAAGACGGGCGACCGUUUGGUGCAGAUAAACGGCGAAAAUGUUGAAAGUGCCAAACAUGAUGUAGUUGUGCAAAAACUGAAGGCAGCUGGAAAUAAUAUUAUGCUUCUGCUGGUGGACGAUGACACUGAUAAAUACUUUAAAAACAAAAGUAUUCUGGCAGGUGUGGCUAAUGCAACAGUCAGGCACCUCCCGCAUAAGCCACGUAUUGCAGACAUGGUGAAGAGAGAAGAUGGUUAUGGUUUUAUGCUGAAGGCAGAGCCUAAUCGUGCAGGUCAUUACAUUGGAGAAAUUGACAAAGGCAGCCCAGCCGAGAAAGCAGGACUUAAGGAGGCAGACCGACUAGUGGCUGUGAAUGGAGAUGAAAUACAACAGUGCACACAUGAGCAGGUGGUGGAUAAAAUACGUCAACAAGGAAGCAACUGCUGCCUCCUUGUGAUAGAUGCUGAAACAGACAAAAUGUACAAACUGGGUGGUGCUUCUCCACUCCUUUACUGGGAGGAAAUGAGAGCAUCUGUGCCCAGCUAUUCAGAGUCUGAAUCCACACCCGCUCCAACUCCAGCACCAGCAGUACCUAUACCCAUCCCAGCAACUCCUACACCCGUACCAGCGGCUGCCACACCCGUCCCAGCAGUUCCUAUACCCGUCCCAGCAGAGAUGGACCACAAACCUAAACUGUGCAGACUGGAGAAAACUCCUGCUGGAUUUGGCUUCCAUCUCAAUGGCAUCCAGGGAUUGGAUGGACAGUACAUCAAAGAGGUGGUGAAAGGUGGAGCAGCAGAUAAGGCCGGAGUGGAGGAUGAGGAUAUUGUUGUGGAGGUGAAUGGAGUGAAUGUGGAAACCAGCACACAUGAGGAGGUCGUGAACCUUAUCCGUAAAAGCGGUGACACGCUGGUCCUACUAUUGGCUGGAAAGGAAGCCUAUGACCAUCUAAAAGCUCAAGGGAUCCCCAUCACCCCUCAGCUGCUAAAUGUAGAGCCCAUCGCUGAUAUCCCAACACCAGCCAUCACCCCUCAGCUGCUAAAUGUAGAGCCCAUCUCUGAUAUCCCAACACCAGCCGCUGUACAAGAGGAAGAGAGGGAAGAACAGCAACAGGAAACAGAGACAGAAAAACUUCCCAGUCCACCACGUUCAAGGAAAUCCUCUUCUUCUUCAUCAUCAUCAUCAUCAGCUGGGAGUGAAGACGAGAGACUCUGAGCUGUGUGCAUUUCUCUGUACUGACAGAUCCUUUAAAUACUCUGAUUUAGUGACAGGUCCAUACUUACCUGAUCAACUACAUUAAGAAAACAGGAAAACAGCAUUUGAACAAUAGACUCGAAGACCAGUGAUUAACAAUACUGAUGUAUUUUCAAUUUUAGAAUAUUAAGAGCUAAGCAUUAUUCAUGUACUGUUCUGUUUUCUUGGGGUCUAUAAUCUAUUUAAACAUGCUUUAAACCUAUGAUGCAUGAACAGGACAAUGUGUUUUUAAAUGAAAGCAGCUCAAACAUGUAUUUUAGUCUGGGACUAUGAUAAGCCCUGUCUGGGAAACCACCCUAUAGUGGUUUAGAUAUAACACAACCUGAAUGAUUAAAUGUGUCUGUUAAAAAACAGUCUGAAGUCAUGCAUCAAAGGUUUUAAAAACCUAGAAACCUUAGUCAUAUUCAUUUUGAUAGUAAUUUAAAUAAAACAUGCUCUUUUUGAAAAGGUAAAAGCUGUUAUCUUUCAGACAAUGCAUAUUGAUGUAUAAUUUAUUCUUUCAGAAUGGUUUUGUCACUUUGUAGUGGACUCUAAACCUCCCGUUCAUUUGUAAGUCACUUUGGAUUAAAGUGUCUGACUUGUAUGUAAAUGUAUGGAAUAAAACUUCUUUAUUUGUUGUGAGGCCACAAAUGCCACACAAGAUCUGUCGAAUUCUGCUAAAUUCGUUUUUAUCAUGUUAUGUUAUGAAACAGUUUAUAUAGUUUCAUAACAUACCCCUUAGUUGUGAUA